AUGAAGGGCCGAUACGAUAUUUGUUUUGCAUCGGCUCAGUGCGUGAUUUCCAAGGCAAGGCAGGAGUGGUUGAAGGUGCUGCACGUGCCGAGAGCUGUUGCUGUGUGGAGGCUCCAAGGGAUGAGCUACGGAUCAUGGGCGGAAGCUGUCGCAGCUGGAAGGCGGAAACACGGCGACCCGGCGCUGUCCCCUUUGAGAUCCGGUUCCGCCUCCGCGCUUCUCUCCCCGCCCAGCGAAAACCCGUGGCGCCCCGCCGCCCUGACGGCGGUGCGCGGCAGUCCGCUCGGCGGGUCCGCGCGCUACAACGCCGCGCCGCCCACAACCGCGGUCGACAUGGAGCAGCUAUGGGCGGAGGCGAUCUCCGACGAAGCAAGCGGCGCGACGGCGCGGCGCACCCGCAAAAAUCGUAUCGUCCGAGGACGCGCGCGAAACUUGUCGUUUUCCGACUUCAGCUCGCUCCGCGGCGCGCUGGGAGAAGAGAAGUCGGCGGCAGCGGGGAGAGGCGGCGCCGACUCCGCCUUUGAAUGCCGCGUGAUUGGCUGGAGCCCCCGCCCUCCGCCGUGGGACGGAGAAGCUCCGCCGGUCUCCGCCGAGCCGCCGCAGCAGCAGGAGAGCGGCGGCGCCACCGCGGCCGGCGCGAGGCCGGCGUCGACAAUGAACCGCCCCGCUGCAGCGGCGGCGAUUCGCAACUUGAAGCUGCGGAUUUUCUCCAACCGCAGGCGGGAUGAUUGCGGCGCCGCAUCUUCCCCUUCAGCAGUUGUGGUUUCUCCUGCGGCAGCGACACCUGCUUCCGCGAUUCCGAAGUCCCCUUCGCUGUGGCGGGGACCGACGGGAGUUUCUUAG